UGUCUUCUGUUGUUUCCUCUUUUAGGAUCUGAUGCUGUCACUUGCCAACAAAAAAUCAAGUCUAAUUUGAGGGAGAAGUUCAGGUGUGUGUUUGAGGGAAUCGCUAAAGCAGGACAGCGAACCGAUCUGAAUGACUUCUACACAGAGCUCUUCAUCACAGAGAGAGGCAGUGGAGAGGUCAACAAGGAACAUGAGGUCAGACUGAUUGAAAAACCUUCCAGGAAACCAGCCAAGGAGGAAACACCAAUCGGAUGUGAGGACAUCUUUAAACCCUUACAUGGACAAGAUCAAAUCAGGACAAUAAUGACAACUGGAGUGGCCGGCAUUGGUAAAACUGUCUUAACACACAAGUUCACUCUGGACUGGGCUGAAGGCAAAAACAAUCACGACAUACACUUCACAUUUCUCCUCACUUUCAGAGAGAUGAAUUUACUGAAAGGGAAAGAGUUUAGCUUGGUGGAACUGCUUCAUCACUUCUUUAUUGAGACCAAAGAAGCAGGAAUCUGCAGAUUCCACCGGUUCCAAGUUGUCUUCAUCUUGGAUGGUCUGGAUGAGUGUCGACUUCCUCUGGACUUCCAGAAUGACCCGAUCUGGACUGAUGUCACAAAGUCCACCUCGGUGGAAGUGCUAUUGACAAACCUCAUCAGGGGCGACCUGCUUCCCUCCGCUCGCAUCUGGAUAACCACACGCCCUGCGGCAGCCAAUCAGAUCCCUGCUGAGUGUGUUGACCAGGUGACAGAGGUGAGAGGGUUCACCGACCCACAGAAGGAGGACUACUUCAGGAAGAGAUUCAGAGAGGAGACGCUGGCCAGCACAAUCAUCUCCCACGUCAGGAAAUCACGAAGCCUCCACAUCAUGUGUCACAUCCCAGUCUUCUGUUGGAUCACUGCAACAGUUCUGGAGGACCUUUUCAAAACAUCCCAGAAUAGAGAAGAGAUGCCCAAGACCGUGACUCAGAUGUACAGUCACUUCCUGAGGGUUCAGUCCAUACAGGGGGACAGGAAGUACCAUGGGAGAUCUGAAAAAGAUCCACACUGGAGUUCAGAGAGCAGGGAGAUCAUUGUUUCUCUGGGAAAACUGGCUUUUAACCAGCUGAAGAAAGGCAACCUGAUCUUCUACGAGGCAGACCUGGCAGAGUGUGAAAUCAAUAUCAGAGCAGCCUCAGUGUACUCAGGAGUGUUCACACAGAUCUUUAAAGAGGAGUGUGGGCUGUACCAGGACAAGGUGUUCUGCUUUGUCCAUUUGAGCAUCCAGGAGUAUCUUGCUGCCCUUUAUGUCUUCGGGUCCUUUAUCAACACUGGGGUCAAUCUGCUCACAGAAGAACAGCCAACCUCCGGUAAAAAUAAACACCUCCUCUUCUACCAGAGUGCUGUGGACAAGGCCUUACAGAGUGAGAACGGACACCUGGACUUGUUCCUCCGCUUCCUCUUGGGCCUCUCUCUGGAGACCAAUCAGAUUGUCCUACGAGGUCUGCUGGGACAGACAGGGAGUAGAUCACUGAUCACUCAGAUUAAACAACAUCUGCUAGAACAGACAGGAAGGGGCUCACAAACCAAGAAGAAAACAGUGUCUUACAUCAAGAUGAAGAUUGAUGGAGAUCUCUCUCCAGAGAGAAGCAUCAAUAUGUUCCACUGUCUGAAUGAGCUGAAUGACCGUUCUCUAGUGGAGGAGAUCCAACAGUCCCUGACAUCAGGAAGUCUCUUCAAAACACGUGUCUCUCCUGCUCAGUGGUCAGCUCUGGUCUUCAUUUUACUGUCAUCAGAAGUCGAGCUGGACGUGUUUGACCUGAAGAAAUACUCCGCUUCAGAGGAGGGUCUUCUGCGGCUGCUGCCAGUUAUCAAAGCCUCCAAAAGAUCCCUGCUGAAUGGCUGUCAUCUGUCAGAGAGAUGCUGUGAAGCUCUGGCCUCAGUUCUCAGCUCCAACUCCUCUAGUCUGAGAGAGCUGGACCUGAGUACCAAUGAUCUGCAGGAUUCAGGAGUGAAGCUGUUAUGUGCUGGACUGGGGAGUCCACACUGUACACUGGAAACUCUCAGGCUUGAUGGCUGUCAUCUGUCAGAGAGAUGCUGUGAAGCUCUGGCCUCAGUGCUCAGCUCCAACUCCUCUGGUCUGAGAGAGCUGGACCUGAGUACCAAUGAUCUGCAGGAUUCAGGAGUGAGGCUGCUCUCUGCUGGACUGGGGAGUCCACACUGUACACUGGAAACUCUCAGGCUGCAUCGCUGUCAGCUGUCAGAGAGAAGCAGUGAAGCUCUGGCCUCUCUUCUUAGCUCCAACUCCGCUAGUCUGAGAGAGCUGGACCUGAGUACCAAUGAUCUGCAGGAUUCAGGAGUGCAGCUGCUCUCUGCUGGACUGGGGAGUCCACACUGUAGCCUGGAAACUCUCAGGCUGAAUGGCUGUCAUCUGUCAGAGAGAUGCUGUGAAGCUCUGGCCUCAGUUCUUAGCUCCAACUUCUCUAGUCUGAGAGAGCUGGACAUGAGUACCAAUGAUCUGCAGGAUUCAGGAGUGAAGCUGCUCUCUGCUGGACUUGGGAGUCCACACUGCACACUGGAAACUCUCAGCUUAUCUGGCUGCCUUGUCACACAGGAAGGCUGUGCUUCUCUGGCCUCAGUGCUGAGCUCCAACCCCUCCCAUCUGAGAGAGCUGGACCUGAGCUACAAUCACCCAGGAGACUCUGGAGCUGCGCUGCUCUCUGCUGGACUGGAGGAUCCACGCUGGAGACUGGACACUCUCAGUGUGGAGCACGGUGGAGCGUGGAGGCUGAAACCAGCUCUUAAGAAGUAUGCCUGUGACCUCACACUGGACCCCAACACGGCCAACGGACUCCUCUCUCUGUCUGAGGACAACAGGAAGGUGACGCUGGUUGGAGAGGACCAGUGGUAUCCGGAUCACCCAGAGAGAUUUGACUCCCAGCCCCAGGUGUUGGGUAGAGAGGCUCUGACUGGCCGCUGUUACUGGGAGGUAGAGAGGAAAGGACAGGUUGAUAUAGGAGUGACAUACAGAGGAAUCACAAGGAGAGGAGAUGGUGAGGAAAGCGGGCUUGGAAGGAACAACCUGUCCUGGAGGCUUUAUUGUCGUGAUGAUCGUUACUCUGCCUGGUACAACGGUAGAGUAACAGUCAUCCCUCUCCCCCCCGCUGGCUCCACCAGAGUAGGAGUGUAUCUGGACCGGCCUGCUGGCUCUCUGUCCUUCUACAGAGUGUCCCCAGGUGGAGGAGGGUCCUCAGACACACUGACACACCUCCACACCUUCUGGUCCUCCUUCACCCAGGAGGACCUCCUCCCUGGGGUCGGGGUAUGGUGGGAGGGUGACUCAGUGUCUCUGUGUCGGUUGUAGACACACACACACACAC